AUGUCUUUUAAUGGCAAGUUCCGUUACAAGCACGAUCCGAAGCAGUAUCCCAACUCGCUGGUGUUCAAAGAAGUCACCACUCAUAGAGAUGUUGUAGGGGAAUACGUCAAGGAACUUUCCAUGUCCUCUUUUGAGGACGCUAACAUGUUCAAACCUGACAUUAAUCUGAUCAGCCAGCAGCCCCAGCUUACAUUGGACCUGAGAUCGCCUCUUCUGGACUUUCUGUUCAAAGUUUUCAUCAAAACCAGAAUUUGCAGUCAUCUUUUCUAUAGGAGUGUACGUUUGUUGGAUAGAUACUGUUCAAAGAGAAUCGUCCUAGUCGACCAGGCUCAGUUAGUUGCCUCAACCUGUCUAUGGAUUGUCGCCAAAGUGGACGGUGGCUGCAACCACUGUCUUUCGUCUUCUUCAUGUCCAAUUGGAGGUAGAUUCGAAGGACCCACAAAGAGAGCCCGUAUCCCAAGAUUGACCGAGUUGUGCCAAUUAUGUGGGCCUUCUUGCAAUUACGACGAGGGCAUGUUCAUCCAGAUGGAACGACACAUUUUGGACACUUUAAGUUGGAGCGUCACCGAGCCUGGCAUCGAUGAAUGGAUUAUGGACGUGGACAGCAGCCAAAACAUGACCAAUUUCCUUCCUUUAGACAAAGAAGCAGCCAUCAGCCUCAAAGAGUUCAUGAUCAACUGCACCCUGUACAACCCUGAACUUAUUUCUAAUCAUCCGGCCCAGGUGGCAGCUUCAAUUAAUGACAUUUACGACAAACUACAAUCACAAGGACACAGUCAAGGACGCAGAUUAAUGUCACAGCAAAGCAAACAAUCAACCCUAUAUACAACAACUCCAUCUCAUCAAAUAGCAUCUCUAAACCCAAACCUACCAUUGUUGUCUCCUCCUCAUACAUCUUCACAUCCCAAACUGGAAGAGCCAGCCAUCAAUAAGAACACUACUAUCACUAGUUUUACAAUGCAUAGUCGAUGCUACUGA